CAUUCACCAAGCCAGUUUCAACAUAUAAUAUAACUAGCAAGCAAUCGAGAGAGAUCGAUAUUCACACGACGCAUCAGAAGCAAGAAUUUGCAGCAGUAGUCAGUACUACAAGUGAUGGGUCCAAAUUCACUGAUCAACCUGGUUUCUUCUAGCUUUCAAAUUGAAAGCAGCACCAUGGGGAAGGGAGGGAUUAGCUGGAAGUGGCCCAAGGCUGCAGCAGCCAUUCUACGGAUGUUGGUGAUAUGGGCCAAGAAACCUGCUGCAGUAGCUGGGGAUGCCGACGUAGCAGAGCAAGUUUACAAGUACUCAAGCAAGGCAACGACUGGCCGAUCAAUCAGGCCAGAGGCAGAAAUGGCGGCAGCAGCUAAACAUUUCUCCUCUGCCCAUAAAAUUCGGUUUGGCGGUUGAUCAAACCUUACUUACUACAGUAUGUGUAAACUAUAUGGAAUGGAAAUGUCAAGCAUGUUAGUAUUCAUACAAGACAAACCUAUCUAAUCUCAGAAGCAAAUCGAGAAAGUUUUGCCAAUUUGUGUUUCGGCAGUGCCGUUUGAUAAAUUCUCAUCAUUUAG